AUGAGACUGCUGAUUGAAGCGGGAUACCCGCAAAGGAUUUGCGCUGCUGGUCUCUUUCACAGCAUCUACGGCACGAGCAUCUUCAAGCAUACAUCGAUCGUUCCUGACGCGCGUGGGCGCGCGGUCGUACGGGAAGUGGUUGGCGAAGAAGCGGAGCACCUGGUGUGGCUUUUCCACUCCAUCGAUCGCCCAGGGACACUGCAUGCAAAGAUCCUGCCAUGCGCUAAUGGCGCGUUCCCCGCGGGCGAGGAGGUUCUGCUCGACAAGACUGACGGGACAACCAUCCACGUGACGAGGAGACAGUUUGAAGACUUGCUGGCCGUGGAGAUGGCGAACAUGAUCGACCAGGGGCCACUGAACGCGACGAAAUGGCCGGGGUUUGAAGGAUGCGAACCGUACAUCCGCAUCCAGCAAAGGAUGAAGAGACUGAGCGAUAGUAACAGUGUUUGCACGUGCUUGUCGAGGAGAAGGCGGUCACGGUUGUACAGGAUUUUGUGA